UUAGAAAAUUACGAUUCUUUUUGCAAUAGCUUAGUAAUAUUGCUAAGGACCGCGGGGCAAAGUUUUAUAAUUUUUAGAGCUUGUUUGGGCAGUUUUUGCAAAAAUGAUCAAUAAUAAGGACUAAAUUGAAAUUUUGCGUAUUGUGAUGGAUGAUUGAUUUGAUGGGCCCAGGAGGGGCUGUGUGAUAUGAUUGAACUGUUGAUGUAUGGAUUGCGAGUAUAGAAGUGCGUUUUUAGCCCUUUUGCAGGUUGGGUAGGUCCUAGGUAUAGGGGAGACUCUGCCGGAUUUUCGGCACGACUUAGGACGUACUUGAUAUUUUUCUUUGUUUGUAUUGAGUCAAAUUUAUUAAAUAGAUGUAAUGUAAUUGUCAGGUGAGCCGGGACAGCCUUCUUCCUCCGCCCAGCCGCCACAGUAAUUUGUCGUCAAGUUUGAAAAUGCGUAGAAGCAGGAGAGCUGCCACUGCACCAGAACCAGAUGUGCCCGACGAGGUGUCGGCACAGGAUGAGGCGCCUGCCCCGAGGAGGCGGGGUAGGAGGCCUAGAGCUGCUCAAGUAGAGGAGCAGCCAACCCCAGUACAGGAACAGUCCUUUAUGGCACAGGGUCCCAUGGACCCCAUGGCAGCUACUCUAGCUGGUCUGCAGAGAACCAUCGACAUGAUGGCUCAGUAUAUGGUCCACCCUCCACAGCAGCAGCAGUCCACCGCACCAAGAGAGGAAUCUUACAAACAGAUCAUAAAUUUCAAGAAGUUGGUGCCUGGUACCUAUGAUGUGUCAGACGAUGCAUAUCGGUUUUUGGAUUCCUGCAAACAGCAGAGUAAUUACGAUUGGUGA